UGUUCCAUUGUAUGUGUGUGACACAAUUUGUUCAUCCCUCCCUUGUUGAUGGUCUUUAGGAUUGUUUCUAGUGGUCUAUUUGCUUUAUAUAGCUCCGGGCUCAUGAUCCUUAUCUAGUAUCUGUGUUUAUGUUCAUAAGAAUAAACUCCUAAAAUAGAAUCACUGGUCAAAGGAUAUGAUUUUAUGAACUUUGUGUAUCGCCAGUUAAUAAAUUCCCAAAAGGUCACACCAAUUUACACUUCCCCCAUGGUGAGGGAGAGUGCCUGAUUCCCAGCAGUUUUUCUAACCCUGGCUAUUAUCCUUCAGAAAAAAAGCAGAGCCACUUGGAUAGGUCAAAAUGAUGUCUCAUUUUAAAUGUUGCUGUGUUUCAAAGGGGCAGGAACCAGAAAGGAAAACUACUAAGGGGUGGAAGGAGUCGGGAAUGCUCUCAGCAGUUUCCAGGAUAGGUGGAGCCCAUCUGCAAGCAGAGCCAGGCUGAGACCAUGUCAAGGCUAUGGGUAGGCUAAGGUGACUCUCAGCCCCCUGUUAGAAAGCUCUCCAUGAUCCCUCUUAGCCCAUCCCUGCAGUUACUUGGUAGCUAAAUCCUUCCGAGGCCAAAUGUGAAUUGCCCUGAGGCCCAGGGUCUCUUGCAGGUCGCUGGAGCACAUGGUGCCAGAGCCCGGACAUUCUUGGCUGUUGGGGCGUCCACCCACGUCUCCAGCUCUUUAGACCUGAAGCAGUUAUCCUAUGACGGGCUGGUGGGUUACGGGGAGAUGAGGAGAGAAGGAGAAGGUAAUGCAAAUCGGAAGUGUCGGGAAUUUGAUAGAUUCAAUUUCUGUAAGAAAAAGUUGGAAAGAAUCUACGUGCCUACAUGCCCUUCAGUAGGGAGCCAGCCACACUGUGGUUGAGCUUUACUCUACGAUACCCGGAGUUGUUAGAUGUGACACGAUAGGUGGCAGUUGACUAAUGACAAUUGAUGUUUCUGAUCAUUGUAGAAAAAAAAAAUACUAACAAUUUUGAGAACUUCUGUCUUUUGAGCUAACCCCUGUGUUUUUCUUAACUUUUUAUUAUAGAAAUGUUUAAAGAUACACAGAGAGAAGAGUAGAAUGAGUCCCAUGUAUCCAUCACUCAGCUUCAGUGCAUGUUUCAUCUGGUUCCAGCAUUGUGUCAUUUCACCCAUAAAUAUCCAUUAACAGAUAAUGGCUUUAAAAAAAAACAAACGACUAUACCAUUAUCACACGUAACAAAAUUAACAGUAAUUCACCAGUAUGUUCCUUUGCCCAGUCCAUAUUCAGUUUUCCCCAUUUGUCUCAAAAAUGGCUUUUUAUAAUGGGUUUGUUCCAAUCAUAAUCCAGAGAAGGUCUAGGCAUUACUUUAUGUUUAAUGAAAGUUUCAAGUCUUUUAUAUUCUAAUACUCUCCCCUCCCCUGUCCCCAUUAAUUUUUUUUUUAAUGCCAUUGAUUUAUUGGAAAACCAGGUCGUUUGUCCUGAUUAACAUUCCAUAUUCUUGAUUUGGCCAAUUACUUCCUUGUGGUGCCAUUUAACUUGAGUUAACACUAUUAACAAUUUGGUUCAUAUACUUCCCUUCUGUUGUGGGAUUAAAAUAUACUGCAGCCUACUUGUUCUCUGGCUUUCAGCUCAAACGUUGCUUCCUCAGAGAAGUCUUCUUUUAUUCCUAGGCAAGGUGAGGUCUGGGUCCCUUUUAUGUUUUCAGACCACCCUCAGCUGUCCCUUCAUAGCACUUAGCACAGUUUGCAAUUAUUCAUUUAAUUAUGUAACUAUUUGAUUUAGGGCUGCCUCCCUCCCUGGAUGGUAGCCCCAUGAGGACAGGGGCUGUGUUUCCCCAGUUGUAAGCAGAGUAGCUGUUGCCUAAGAAGCCUACGACGCUGGCAUCUUAUCUGAGGCUUGUGCGCUAUAGCCCAGAAAUUACCUUCCUGGACUUGACUGUUGAAACACUCUUGUGGGGUAGGGAGCACAGCUACCAAUAAUUCCAUCAUGCGGGUAGAGACGUGGCCUUCUAGGGCUUUAGUGACUUGGCCAGGAUCCGCCAAUAAGUGGGACAGUUGGGUUCUUAAAACCACGCGAUCUGCUAUCCAGAGUCUUACCUAAGACAAGACACAUACACAAAGCAGAGAAAUUGCCAGGUAGCCUUGAAGUCAGCGAUGGUGUAACGUGAACUUCCCCCCAAGCAGAGCAGACACCCCGGGCAGUCACCGAGUGAGGAACUGAAGCUGCCCACCUUCCGAGCCCACUCCCCGCUCCUCAAGUGCCGCAGGUUCUUUGUCGACAUCUUGACCCUGCUGAGCAGCCACUGCCAGCUCUGCCCCGCAGCCCGGCACCUGGCUGUCUACCUGCUGGACCACUUCAUGGAUCGCUAUAACGUCACCACCUCCAAGCAGCUGUACACUGUGGCGGUCUCCUGCCUCCUGCUUGCAAGUAAGUUCGAGGAUAGGGAAGACCAUGUACCCAAGUUGGAGCAGAUAAACAGCACGAGGAUCCUGAGCAGCCAGAACUUCACCCUCACCAAGAAGGAGCUGCUGAGCACAGAGCUGCUGCUGCUGGAGGCCUUCGGCUGGAACCUCUGCCUCCCCACGCCCGCCCACUUCCUAGACUACUACCUCUUGGCCUCCGUCAGCCAGAAGGACCACCACUGCCAUAGCUGGCCCACCAGCUUCCCCCACAAAACCAAAGAGUGCCUCAAAGAAUACGCUCAUUACUUCCUAGAGGUCACCCUCCAAGAUCAUGUUUUCUACAAAUUCCAGCCUUCCAUGGUUGCCGCAGCAUGCAUUGGGGCCUCUAGGAUUUGCCUGCAGCUUUCUCCCUACUGGACCAGAGACCUACAGAGGAUCUCAAACUACUCACUGGAACACCUGAGCACGUGCAUUGAAAUCCUGCUGGCAGCUUACGACAACAUUCUCAAGGAUGCCGUUGCAGUCAAGAGCCAGGCCUUGGCCGUGGUGCCCGGCACGCCCCCGGCCCCCACCCAGGUGCUGUUCCAGAUGCCCGCCUACCCCACCCUCAGCCAGCCGCUGGCCCUGGCGCAGUUCCAGAGCCCCGUGCAGGACCUGUGCUUGGCCUACCGGGACUCGCUGCAAGCCCACCGCUCGGGGACCCUGCUCUCAGGGAGCACCGGCUCGGCCCUCCAUGCCCCAUACCCCUCCCUCCAGCCCCUGGAUGUGUGUCCUGUGCCCCUGCCCGCCUCCCUCAGCAUGCAGAUGGCCAUCGCCGCCGAACCCAGGCACUGCCUGGCCGCCAACUACGGAAGCAGCUACUUUGGCGGGAGCCACGCGUUCCCCGCUGGCUGUUUCGACAGAUAGAGCAACUUUCAGCCACAGGAGGAGUCCUUGAAGACCCGGGCAGAGGAAGAAGAUCCCGCGGAGGGGAGCUCAUCAGAGCGAGGCCACUGGGAGGGUGUGUGCUCUUUUUAAGUGAAACUGACCCAGAGCGAAAACAUUUGAUGGCACACCUCACCGGAGAGCCUUCCUCUUAAAACAAAUGGCUUCUGCCCGCGGGCAGCUGGGGUGCCAGGGGAUGGCUGGCGACCAUCCCCUCCAGCAGGGGGCCCAGUUGAUCAAGAAAGACCUGGUGCAAGGCCAGGAGACUGGGAGCUGGACAUAGCACCCUGGCCCAGAAGCAAGUCUAGUUUUUAGCAACAAAGACUUCAUCACUCUUUGCUGAUGGCAGCUACACCACUGAAAAAGCAGGAGCCGCCCAAGAGGUUUCAGGAUUCUUGGAAAAUGCCGUAUUGGGUGCUUUUCUUUCCUUGGUUCCCUCCAGAGGUUCCUGUGUGUGUGUGUGUGUGUGUGUGUGUAGGUGGGUGUUUAUCCCCUCGCAUUUGCCUUUCGAGGCACAGGGUCUUGCCUUUGUUAUUGUUAUUGAACCUAAAACCUUUCUCAGCUCUUUAGAUAUUUCACAUGCUGCUUCUUCCAGAAGUGACCUUUUUGUUCUGUAAUAUGUCUUGUUUACAUACCGUAUCAGGGAUUUUUAUGAUACUUGAAAAUUCCUUAGGAAAAAAAAAUUUUUUUUCAAUAGCCACACUGCCUGUCCCAAGCAAGGGUCAGAGGUUUUAAACUGUCUUUGUGGCUGAUCUGUGGUUAAAAACGGCUCCUGUUCAAGAGUAUGUGGUCAGGGAGGACCACUUGCAGACUCUCAGUUCCAGAUGAUUCCAAGUCUUAGAUGCUGUGUUCACCAGUAGAAUUUUGAUAACCACCCAGAGGAAGGUUGUCAGAAGAUAGACAAAGGUUUGAAGCAAACAACCUCACCUUGCCUUUGCCAUGUGCUUAUUGUGUGUGAAAUUAAAACCCAGCUUCGGUUUUGAGUUUGACUAAGAGCAAAGGAUAAUCAUGUGAAGUAUUUGCUUAAUGCCACCUGAAUUUGGGGGGAGGGGGCGUACAUGGGUGUGUGAACGACCUUUGAUACGAAAGAGAUUGGUUGGAUCAAAGCCAGUAUUUGGGUGUCUGCAGUGCGAGGGCUCUCAGGAAGAUUCUUGUAAUCACGUGCAAUAUGUUUUUAUUCUGAUGCAUGGCUUGUGCUCUGUAUAUUCUUUUGUUUGCUUGGGCGUUGGGGGACACAUUGCUCACUUGUCAGAACUGGGAGGUGCAAAGGACCGUGAAAGCAUUUUUGUUGUUUUUUUGUUUUGUUUUGUUUUUAAGGAGAACCUUCCUUGGUUUUCUUGACUCAUUUGCUAUUCAGGAGACUAUAGCAAGGGGACUGUCAGUAAGGUGCUGCUGAGUCAGAUCCAAAGGUGGGGCGGGUCCCCUCUGCCUCCUGAUGAAGUUUUUCAGAGCAGAUGAAAGCCUGAACAUGCAAACGGAAUAAGAAACGAGACCGUGCAUGGAUAAGGUGCUGCGGCUCCGUCGAACUAGCAUAGGAAACUGCGGUUCGUUUGUUUUGUUUUGUUUCUUUUGCCAACCUCCUUCUAUUUAUGUGCAACUGGUUUGGAUUCUGAGUUACUGUAUCUGUCUACUCUGGGGCUGGUGACUGGGGAGAACCCUACUCCCCAGACCCCAAUAGAGCCUCCAGCCAGCCCGGCUCCAGAGAACAGCAUCCACAAUAAACACGUCACCUGUU